AUGGCCAACUUUUGGAAUGCAAUAGAUAUGCCACUAUGCGUUUCUUUCAUUUUUGUUGAUUUUCAUGAACAACUUAUUAACUUUUCCAACUUCGAGUUGUUGCGUGUAAAAUUGUUGAUGAUGAUCUUGAAUGGAUAUGCAGAUGAUUUCUCAUGGCUUUGUCUCAAGGAUUUUGAUAUCACUUCUUUCUGUUCACAAAGGACCACCAUAGACACUAUAAAUCUAAUUUUUGUCUGUGUCUUUUACGCUUCUACGAUUAUCAGUUUAAUCAGAAGAAAUUUUGCAAAUGGAAGUCCUAGCAGAAGCAGGUUUUUCCUUUUUGUCUCAAUCUGUUGUGCUAUUACUAGCAUUGUGUUUUACAGUAUUGGCGUGUUGAAUCUCAUAGACAAAGCCGGUAAUUCUAUGGCUAACCAUGUGAGCUGGUUAGCUUGCAUUGUAAGAGGAUUUGUUUGGACCUCUUUGACAGUUUCUUUGCUUGUUCAGAGACACAAAUGGAUCAAAAUUUUAAACUCUGUCUGGUGGACAUGUUCCUGUGCACUAGUUUCAGCUCUCGACACUGAAAUUCUGUUUAGAAAGCAUGUAAUAGAAAUUUUCGAUGUCCUACUAUGGCUCUUACACAUGCUUCUUCUUUUUUGUGCCUUCCAAAAUCUUGGUUACUUUGUCACUCAAAGUGUACCAAAAAAAUUAUCUGAGCCAUUGUUAGCUCAGGAAGUUGACGCAGAAAAAACAGGACUAGGCCGUGCUUCCUUUCUGAGCAAGUUGACUUUUUCUUGGGUUAACUCCUUACUCAGUCUGGGUUACUCAAAGCCACUUGCCCUUGAAGACAUCCCUUCCCUCCUUUCUGAAGAUGAAGCAGACAUGGCCUACCAAAACUUCAUGCAUGCAUGGGAAUCCCUUGUGAGGGAGAGAAGCAAUAAGAACAAUACCAAGAACUUGGUACUUCGGUCUAUUGUUAGAACUCACUUAAAAGAGAACACAUUAAUAGCUUUUUACGCAUUACUCAGAACCAUUGCUGUGACUGUUUCUCCUUUAAUACUCUAUGCUUUUGUCAACUAUUCAAAUAGUAGGGAUACCAGGGAUACAGAUCUCAUGGAAGGUCUUACUAUAGUGGGUUUUCUUAUUGUGUCAAAAGUGGUUGAUUCUGUGUCCCAGAGACAUUGUUUUUUUAAUUCCAGGAAGUCAGGAUUGAAGAUGAGAUCAGCUCUGAUGGUGGCAGUGUAUAAAAAACAACUAAAGCUUUCGAGCUCAGCAAGGACAAGACACUCAACAGGUGAAAUUGUGAAUUACAUUGCGGUUGAUGCGUAUCGCAUGGGAGAAUUCCCAUGGUGGUUUCAUAUAACAUGGGCAUCUACUUUGCAACUUCUUCUAUCUAUUGGUAUCCUUUAUGGUGUUGUGGGAGUCGGUGCUCUUCUUGGUUUAGUCCCUCUUCUUAUAUGUGGACUUAUCAAUGUACCAUUUGCAAAGUUCCUACAGAAGUGCAUGGCACAGUUCAUGAUUUCACAGGAUGAGCGUCUUAGAGCAACUUCAGAAAUUCUAAAUAACAUUAAAAUCAUUAAGUUACAGUCCUGGGAUGACAAAUUCAAGAGUUUGGUUGAGAACCUACGUGAUAAAGAGUUCAUUUGGUUAUCUAAGGCACAAAUCGUGAAAGCUUAUGGGACAUUUCUAUAUUGGAUGUCUCCUACCAUCGUUUCUGCUGUUGUUUUCCUCGGUUGUGCUCUUUUCGAUAGUGCUCCAUUGAAUGCUGGGACAAUUUUUACAGUUUUGUCAACGUUGAGGAACUUGUCAGAACCUGUUCGAAUGAUUCCAGAGGCUCUAUCUAUUAUGAUCCAAGUUAAGGUAUCCUUUGAUCGUCUCAAUACCAUUUUGCUUGACGAAGAACUAGAGAGUAAUGAUGGUAACAGAAGAUAUAUAAACCGAAGUUCAAUUAAUGGGGUAGAAAUCCAAGCUGGCAACUUCAUUUGGGACCACGAAGCAGUACUCCCAACGUUAAAAGAUGUCAAUUUAGAAAUCAAAUGGGGAGAGAAAGUUGCGGUUUGUGGGCCAGUUGGAGCUGGGAAAUCGUCACUUUUGUAUGCAGUACUUGGAGAGAUUCCGAAGAUUUCAGGAUCUGUGAGAUUUUACCCAAAAUAUGGAACAGUUCGAGACAAUAUACUCUUCGGCAAGCCAAUGGAGAAAACAAGAUAUGCGAGUGCCAUUAAAGUUUGUGCUUUAGAUAAGGAUAUCAACGAUUUUAGCCAUGGUGAUCUUACAGAAAUAGGUCAGCGAGGGAUUAACAUGAGUGGAGGACAAAAGCAAAGGAUUCAACUAGCUCGUGCAGUCUACAAUGAUGCUGACAUUUAUCUCCUCGAUGACCCUUUCAGUGCAGUUGAUGCUCAUACGGCCGCAAUUCUGUUCAAUGACUGCGUAAUGACGGCUCUAAGAGAGAAAACAGUCAUUCUAGUGACACAUCAAGUGGAGUUUCUCUCCGAAGUUGAUACAAUCCUGGUGAUGGAAGGUGGAAAAGUUACUCAAUCAGGUAAUUAUGAAAGUCUCUUAGCAGCUGAGACGGCCUUUGAGCAACUUGUGAACGCUCAUAAGGAAGCAAUUACUGAGUGGGAUCAAAAUAAUGAAAACAAAACUCAGAGAGAAGAGUCUCAAGGCUUUUAUCUCACUAAAAACCAAAGCGAGGGGGAGAUUUCCACCGAGGGCCAACCUGGGAUACAGCUUACACAAGAAGAAGAAAAAGAGAUUGGUGAUGCUGGGUGGAAGACAUUCUUGGAUUAUAUUUCAUUUUCCAGGUGUUCAUUGAUGCUGUCUUUGGUCAUGUUGGCACAGGUUACUUUUAUUGCUUUGCAGACUGCAUCAAUGCUUUGGCUUGCUCUAGCCAUUGAAAUUUCUAAAAUAAAUAGUGCCACCUUGAUUGGGGUGUACUCCUUAAUUUCAUUUGCUAGUACUGCCUUUGUAUAUUUAAGGUCUCUCUUUACCUCUUACCUCGGAUUAAAAGCUUCAAAAGCUUUCUUUACGAGUUUCACUAAUUCUAUCUUCAAUGCUCCUAUGCUGUUCUUUGACUCGACCCCUGUCGGAAGGAUUUUAACUAGAGCUUCGUCAGAUUUAAGUAUUUUGGACUUUGAUAUACCUUAUUCGAUCACCUUUGUAGCAUCCGUAAUAAUUGAAAUUUUGGUGACAGUUUGUGUAAUGGUUUUAGUAACAUGGCCAGUUGUCAUCGUCGCCAUUCCUGCUUUAGUUGCAUCAAAAUUUGUUCAGGGAUAUUAUCAAGCCUCGUCGAGGGAAUUGGUGAGGAUCAAUGGAACCACAAAAGCUCCUGUGAUGAAUUUUGCAGCUGAGACAUCACAUGGUGUGGUUACUGUAAGAGCAUUUAAUAUGGUAGAAAGAUUUUUUAAGAAGUACUUAAAGCUUGUGGACACAGACGCAACACUGUUUUUUCAUUCUAAUGCGGCCAUGGAAUGGUUAGUUUUAAGGAUUGAAGCACUUCAAAAUUUGACAGCCAUCAGUUCGGCUGUAUUGCUUAUUCUAUUUCCUCAGGAAUACGUGUCCCCAGGCCUCGUGGGAUUGUCUCUCUCUUAUGCUUUAAGCUUGACAGGAUCCCAAAUAUUUUUGACUCGAUGGUAUUGCAACUUACUGAACUAUAUUAUCUCUGUUGAAAGAAUCAAGCAAUUCAUUCACCUACCGUCAGAGCCUCCUGCCAUUGUGAAGGAGCACCGGCCUCCAUCCUCAUGGCCUUCCAGAGGCAGAAUUGAUCUUCAAGCUUUAGAGAUUAGGUAUCGUCCUAAUGCUCCAUUAGUGCUUAAGGGUAUCACUUGUACGUUUAGAGAAGGGAGUAGAGUGGGAGUUGUAGGAAGAACCGGAAGUGGAAAAAGUACACUCAUAAGUGCUUUGUUUCGCUUAGUUGAGCCAGCAAGAGGUGAUAUUCUUAUAGAUGGGAUUAACAUAUGCUCAAUGGGGUUGAAGGAUUUGAGAAUGAAACUAAGCAUCAUCCCUCAAGAACCAACUCUUUUCAAGGGCAGCAUUAGAACCAACUUGGACCCUUUAGGCCUGUACUCAGAUGAUGAUAUAUGGAAGGCUUUAGAGAAAUGUCAGCUUAAGGAAACUGUGAGCCAUCUACCAAAUCUCUUAGACUCUUUGGUGAGUGAUGAGGGUGGAAAUUGGAGCUUGGGGCAACGGCAACUGUUUUGUCUCGGAAGGGUACUGCUUAAGAGGAACAGAAUUCUUGUUCUGGAUGAAGCAACUGCCUCCAUUGACUCUGCCACAGAUGCUAUUCUACAGAGAAUUAUUAGAGAAGAAUUUGCAGAAUGCACAGUUAUAACAGUGGCUCACAGGGUUCCAACUGUAAUAGACAGUGACAUGGUUAUGGUCCUCUCCUUUGGGAAAGUGGUGGAAUAUGAUGAGCCUUCAAGACUGAUGGACACCAACUCUUCAUUCUCCAAUCUGGUAGCUGAAUACUGGACCAGCUGCAGGAAGAAUUCCUCCUCAAAUUUUACUUGA